AUGAAAAGGUCUGCCGGCUUUGAAGACAUUCAUGAUGACUUAAUAAACGACGUAUCAUCAUUGCAUCUAUUACCAGCAAAAAAGUUGUCCAAGAGACUACCUGUUCCUAUGGAGCCUAGAGAUGAUCCUCCACAAGAUGAGACGUCGUCUCCCUCGGACAAAAUACAUCAAAAGUAUGCCGAGAUAGCUUCAAAGUUGGAUAUCCAUGAUCCUGAAUUUGCAACGCAAUGGCAUUUAAUUAAUUUACAGUAUCCAGGCCAUGACGUUAACGCUACGGGGCUUUGGCUAGAGGAUGUGCUAGGCCAAGGAAUCGUUACCGCCCUUGUUGAUGAUGGAUUAGACGCCGAGAGUGAAGAUUUGAAAGCCAGUUUCAAUGCGAAAGGAUCAUGGGACUUUAAUGACAAUGGCCCACUUCCAUUGCCACGAUUGUAUGACGAUUACCAUGGAACAAGAUGUGCUGGUGAGAUUGCUGCUGUAAAGAAUGAUGUAUGUGGGAUUGGCGUUGCAUACAAGUCGCAAGUCAGUGGUAUAAGGAUCCUAUCAGGACCUAUCACUUCUGCUGAUGAAGCAUCGGCCAUGGUCUACGGUUUAGAUACAAAUGAUAUUUAUUCAUGUUCGUGGGGGCCUACAGAUAAUGGUCGAACUGUAAGUGAACCAGAACUUAUAGUUAAAAGGGCAAUGUUGAGGGGUGUUCAAGAAGGUAGGGGUGGCAAGGGUGCCAUUUACGUAUUUGCUUCAGGCAAUGGUGGAAGGUUUGCCGAUUCGUGCAAUUUUGACGGGUACACCAAUUCGAUUUACUCCAUUACUGUUGGAGCUAUUGAUCAUAAAGGAUUGCAUCCUUUGUACUCGGAGUCCUGUUCGGCAGUUAUGGUGGUGACAUAUUCAUCAGGAUCAGGCGAACACAUCCACACCACUGAUAUUAAAAAGAAAUGUAGUCUGACGCAUGGGGGAACAUCAGCAGCAGCACCAUUAGCUAGUGGAAUCUUCUCCUUGGUAUUAAGUGCUAACCCCAAUUUGACAUGGAGAGAUUUACAAUAUAUCAAUGUAUUGAGUGCUACGCCAGUUAAUGAAGAAGAUGGAAACUACCAAACCACUGUAUUGAACAGAAAAUAUUCUCACAUGUAUGGAUAUGGUAAAAUAGAUGCAUAUAAAAUGGUCGAGUUUGCUAAAACUUGGGACAAUGUGAAGCCACAAUCAUGGCAUUACUGUGAUAAAAUUGAAGUUAAUCAAGAACUUUCAUUGAACCAGCCACAACAACAACAGCAGCAGCAACAACAACCACAAAAGAGAGAUGAUAAAGUCAUCUCUUCCAAGGUUACCAUUUCAAAAGAAGAUUUAAAAGUGAUGAAUUUUGAAAAGAUUGAGCACGUUACUGUUAAACUUAAUAUUGAUUCAUCGUAUAGAGGUAGAGCUGGAGUCAGGCUUGUAUCUCCUAGUGGUGUUGUUAGUGAUUUGGCUCAAUUCAGACCUCUUGAUGCCAGCUCAAGAGGAUUUCAAGAUUGGACAUUCACUAGUAUUGCCCAUUGGGGUGAAGACGGGUUAGGUGAAUGGACACUCGAAGUGUUUGGUGAUUCGAAACCUGUCAAUAUAAAGCUUGUUAAUUGGCAACUUCGGUUCUUCGGUACCACUAUUGACGCGUCAAAGGCCGAGACUUUUGAUAUUGAAAAGGAUUAUAGUCAAGUUAGAAGGGAAAGACUAGAUUCUGAAAGAAAGCAUGCGACUGAGACAACGGCAGAAACUACAACAACUCAGGAAUCAAAGGAAGAAUCGUCUACAACUACACCUGCCACACUGUCAAGUGCGGUUGAGUCGUCAAGGACUUCAAAAGAGACUCAGUCUUCUUCCCAAGAACCAUCAUCAUCUACAACAUCAACUGCACCUGAGCCUACAGAGACGGAAGAAGGGGAACAUGUUUACAAAAAAGACCAUACAGGACAAUAUCUAAUGGGAUUAGCUGGUGUUGGGUUUAUUAUCGUUGUUGUUAUAAUUGUGAUACAAAGCAGAUCACACAGCACGCGUCGUCGUAGAAGAAGAACAGGAGAAAAUUAUGAAUUAAUUGAAUAUGAUUCCGAUGAUGAUUCAGAUAAUGAUUUUGAUGAUUACAACGAUGAUGAUAAUGCGGAAACAUCAUUGACACGUGAAGAUAGACGACAAGAUCAAGCUAGAGAUCGAUUAUUUGAAGAUUUCAAUGCUGAAUCUUUGCCUGAUUAUGAUUCUGGUAUGUUCAAGAUUGGUGAAGAUGAUGCCGAAGGUGAACAUGAAGGUGGUGGCAAAAGAGAAGGCGAUAGUAGCCCUAAGCUGACUGAAACCAAGACAAAUGAACAAAAGAAUAUUGAGAGUAAAUAG